AUGGAUUUUAAUCAAGUACACUAUCAACAACAACAACAGGUUCAACACAACGGAUCCACAGUGCUAUGUUGCAACUGUGGGACUCCAAUAGAUGGUUCUAGUGGACUGGUUAUGUGUUAUGAUUGUAUUAAAUUGACCGUUGAUAUCACAGAGGGGAUUCCAAGAGAGGCCAAUAUCUCCUUUUGUAGGAAUUGUGAAAGAUUUUUACAACCCCCAGGGACUUGGAUUAAGGCUGAGUUAGAAUCUAGAGAAUUAUUGGCCAUCUGUCUGAGAAGGUUGAAGGGGUUGAAUAAGGUUAGGUUGGUAGAUGCCUCUUUCAUUUGGACAGAACCUCAUUCCAGACGUAUUAGAGUCAAAUUGACUGUACAAGGAGAAGCCAUGGCUAAUACUAUUAUACAACAAACAUUUGAGGUUGAAUACAUUGUUAUUGCCAUGCAAUGUCCAGAUUGUGCUAAAUCCUACACUACACACACUUGGAGAGCUACUGUUCAAAUCAGACAAAAAGUCCCACACAAAAGAACUUUCUUAUACCUAGAACAGUUAAUAUUAAAACAUAACGCACAUGUUGAUACUAUUUCUAUCACUGAAACAAAGGAUGGGUUGGAUUUCUUCUAUGCUCAAAAGAAUCAUGCUAUUAAAAUGAUUGAUUUCUUGAAUACAGUGGUUCCUAUCAGAUAUAAGAAGUCUGAGGAACUGAUCUCUCAAGAUACUCAUACUGGUGCGUCAACAUAUAAAUUCUCAUAUUCUGUAGAAAUUAUUCCGAUCUGUAGAGAUGACUUGGUGGUCUUACCCAAAAAAUUGGCUAAAUCAAUGGGUAAUAUUUCACAAUUUGUGUUAUGUUCCAAAGUCUCCAAUAUUGUUCAGUUUAUUGAUUCAUCAACUUUACAAACAGCGGAUAUGCCUGCUGAUGUGUACUGGAGAAACCCAUUUAAUUCAUUAGCGGAUGUUUCCCAAUUAGUAGAAUUCAUUGUCUUGGAUGUUGAUCCAACUGCUAUUGUGAGAGGUAAACGUGUCCUAGCUGAUAUUACUGUGGCUAGAGCGGCAGAUUUAGGUGUCAAUGAUCAAGUCUAUUAUGUUAGAUCCCAUUUAGGUGCAAUUUGUCAUGCUGGUGAUUCAGUUAUGGGAUAUUUUGUAGGUAACUCGAAUUACAAUUCAGAACUGUUCGAUAGUUUAAAUGUUGAUUAUAUUCCAGAUGUUGUAUUAGUGAAGAAGAAUUACCGUAGAAAGAAUAAGAAGAACAGAAAGUGGAAGUUAAAGAGAAUGGCUAGAGAACACAAAGAUAUUGAUGCAUCUGAAGAUUACAGUUCUAGAGCCCAAAGACAGGAAAUGGAACGUGCCGAAAGAGAUUAUGAAUUAUUCUUGCAAGAAUUAGAAGAAGACGAAGAAUUGAGAAAGAACAUUAAUCUAUACAAGAAUAAUAAUGCUACAGUUGUAACUAAUACUACUGUGGAUCAAUAUGGCAACCCAGUUGCUAACCAAGGUGGAGAAGAAGAUGAUGGUGAUGAUGAUGCACCAGAAAUUAAUAUUGAUGAAUUGUUAGAUGAAUUAGAUGAGAUGACGUUAGAAGAUACACCAAUGGAAAUAUAA